GACGUGACCCCGACGCCAUAUUUUCAUAUAGAAAGAAGAAAUUCUACUAAUGUCUCACCAAUCAUGGCUCCUAGUGUGAAAAAGCAACGAAUUGCUAAGAUAUGUAGAGAUGAUUGUAUUAAAUUAAUACAAUUGUAUGAAUCGCAUAAAUUGUUAUGGGAUCCAAACAAUACGCAUUAUUAUGAUCGUGGACUUAAAGAGAUUACAUGGAAUAUCAUCCAUAGAGAUAUGCAGCCUACCUCCCAUAGCGUCGAAGAUUUAAAAAAUAAAAUGGUGUCAUUGCAAGGGUGUUACAGACGAGAAAAAUCGCGGGAAAGAAAAUCUCAAAUAGGUUCAGGUCGUGAUGAUGUAUAUAAAUCAAAUUGGUACGCGUUCCCAUAUUUCCAAUUCAUGAAAGACAAAAACGAACUAGGUGAAACGCCAGAGUUAACGGAAGACGAUUCUGAAGGAGCCAAUGAAACCAAAUUUGAAGUUGUUAUUCCAAAAUGUGAGCCGCCAGAAGACCCGCUUGAUCAGAUUGAAGCAACUACAGAUGAAAUAUACGAAAACAUAUUAAUUGAUGAAAAAGUUCUCCUAGAAUCUAAAAAAAAUGCGAAACUUGGAAAAAGAAAAAACAAAACGAACGAGGACGAUGAUAGUGUUACAGAAACAUGGAAAUUAUUGAAACAGUGUGGGGAAAGUAGUGAUGGGGAUGCGUGCAAUAUAUAUGGACAAUAUAUUGCCAACGAGCUGCGAAAAUACGAUCCAAUAACGCUGGCUUAUGUUAAACGUGCAAUUAAUAAUAUAAUAUUUGAUGCAGACAUUGGUAAAUAUAGAAAGUGUUAGCUAAAAGUGUUACUAAGGUUUUAGAAAUGUGUUAAAUGUGAAUACCUUUUUCAAAAAUCCCAAUCAAACAAAGUAUUUGUAAUCUCACUUAUUUUUUAGCGCAAUAUUGUCAUAAACACAUAGUUACUGUGGAUGGAAUAACGCGUUAAAAAAAUAUUUUUCAUGUUGAAGUAUUACUUGUUUAUUCUAAUAUGUAUAUUUCAUAACAGUUUCAAUAUUGUUAAACUGACUCAUAGUGUGUAACUUUUAUAAUCUAAAAGAAAAAAUUAACGUCAAGCUGAAGAUCUUAGUGGUUUGUGGAUUUAAUAUUUAUGUUAUAAUGUUUAUAAAUAAAACUCAAAAAUUACAGAAAAA